GUUGUUUACGUCGUGUCGAGGAACAGGUAAAGGCAGAGAUGAAAUAAAUGUUGUACGCGGAGCAGAGCCAUGACUGACAAGGAACCAGAUAUGGCGGAGACACUACCGCCGCCUGCUCCGAAGAUUCAGUUGCCUGUCAUAGAGGAACUUAACCUCUAUGUCAACUCUAAGAUAGCGAAGAUCAUCGCCACUGCGGUUGUGGUGUGCUUCAUCACUUACCACGGGUUCCUCCACGCAGUCGAUGGAGGGGACUCCUGUCAGCGCUUGCUUUCUGAUGGAAGGUUCCAAGGGGCCCAUGUGUGGCAGCCCUAUGGUUGCAUGCUACAUACAUACUCUAAUACGGAUUCAAGAAGAUGCAUGAGAUACGUAGCAUUUUUGAAGCAAGACAACCACAUGCUCUUUGUGGGAGAUUCCCGAAUCAGACAGCUAUACUUUGCCAUGGUCAAACAGAUAGCAGUGAGUCCACCAAAGUUCCCAGAGAAACCUCAUAAUGAUAUGCAGUACAACGAAACCAACCUUCACCUAAAUAUCAAGUAUCUGUGGCAGCCUUACAUGGACCAGGAGGUGGAUAAAUUGUUUGAUAAACUGAAGCGAAGCAAAAACUUGCCAAAGUUAAUUGUUAUGGGCAGUGCUACUCAUGCUAUCAAAACAUCUAAUGGGUCUGCAACAGCACUGGAAGAAUACAAGAGGAAUUUAACAUCUUUAUCAACUGCCAUGCACAAGAUUGGCAAGAGAACCAGACUUUUGUGGAUGUUACAAGACCCAGUUGCUCAUGAGAAACUGAACCCAGACAGAGCAGCUAUCACCAAUGACCAGCUAGAUUUAUACAAUAUGGCUGCAAUGGAGGUUUUAUAUGGCACAGAUGUCCGUCUUUGGUCUAGUUCCCGCUUGGUGGCACAGGGGAGCAUUAGUGACUCUUCAGAUGGAUUACAUGCUGGAGUGCUUGCUAUCAAAUAUGAUACACAGAUUUUAAUGAACUUGUAUUGUAAUGAUCACCUAAACUUUGAUGAUGGAACAUGUUGUAAUUCACGUGAAGCAGUUACAAUGACACAGAUCGCCACUUUUGCUGCCCUUUGUUCUUGCCCCAUUAUUCUGAUUGCUGUGGCUGUAAAACAGUGGCUCUGUGUUUCCCACCAUGUUGGAGCCAUUAACACACCAACAUCAUCAAGCAAUGGGAGCUCCAGCUCUCAGCCCUUGAUGGCAGAAGCCAAAGCGGCCAAGAAGAAGCAGCAGCCAUCGUCACAAGACUUUUUGAUGGCCCUUGGGAAAUUGGGGCUCAUUAUGGGUUACUUUUUCCUCUGUGAUCGAACAAGUCUGUUUAUGAAGGAGAACAAGUAUUUCUCACAACUGAAUUUUUUGUUGCCGUUGGGUUAUGUCUUUGCUCUUGGACUUUUCUUCACUGAAGACACGUCACAAACACGUCUCCUUCACAGGGAUAUGACAGAUGAAUGGAAAGGUUGGAUGCAAUUGGUUAUUCUGAUAUACCAUAUGACUGGAGCAUCGCAGAAAUUACCAAUAUACAUGCAUAUCCGUGUCCUGGUAUCAGCAUAUGUCUUCCUGACAGGAUAUGGUCACUUUUCCUAUUAUUGGAAUGGCAGAGACAUGGGCAUUGUGCGAUAUUGUCAGGUGAUGUUUCGCUUAAAUUUCCUGGUUGUGAUCCUGUGUCUCGUGAUGAACAGACCCUACCAGUUCUAUUAUUUUGUUCCGCUGAUAUCGUUCUGGUACACCGUCAUGCACCUCACUCUCGUGUUGCCCCCUCGCAUUACCCGGCCGGCCCAUGCUAACUCCGAGGCUUCUCCGUUUAAUUACCUGUAUAGCAUCAUUAAGUUUGUUGGACUUGGGGGCUUUAUUACUGUGUUGUAUUUAUCAGAGGUGUUCUUCGAGAAAAUAUUUGUCAUGCGUCCAUGGAAAGCUCUGUUUGUAACUACAGAUGAUGACAUACAUGAAUGGUGGUUUCGAUGGCAGCUUGACAGAUACAGCCUCCUUUAUGGUAUGGUAUUUGCUCUGCUGUACUUUGCGCUCACGCAGUACAGCCUUAUUGAUGACAAGAGCGGUUCCAACUUACUUGGAGGACGUUUGGCCCUAGCAGUCUCAUUCGUAGCAACCAUCUUCAUUGUUUCAUACUCUUCUAUGACAUUCAUCUGCUCAACUAAACCAGACUGCAAUGAAAUUCAUCCAUUUGUUGCAUGGGUGCCAAUCACUGGCUACAUUAUUCUUCGAAAUAUGGUAGGUAUACUACGCACCCGCUAUUCCUCAUUCUUCGCCUGGUUUGGCCGCAUCUCCUUGGAGCUGUUUGUCUGUCAGUACCACAUAUGGCUUGCUGCCGACACCCAUGGUGUUUUGGUACUGAUUCCAUCAUAUCCAGUUGCUAAUGUCCUUGUGACAUCAUUCAUCUUUAUAUGCAUUUGCCAUGAAAUUCAUCAUAUCACGAACAUCAUCACCCCCUUCUUUGUGCCAAACGAUUCUCUGAGAGCAAUGCGCAAUUUGAGCGUUUUUGCUUUUCUCUUGAUGGCAAUAGCAGUACAUGAUGGAGUCUUUUGAUUUCUAAAAGGAUUUUGAUACUUGUAAAUUAUGAUAACAUCUUCACCACUCACCUCAGAGUAAGACUCAUAUAACCUUUGAGAAUGAUGGCCAUAUUCCAUGCAAGAGUGCCAUUUGCCUUUGACACUAACUAGAGGAAGAAAAUUGUCACAGAUUGUGUGCCAAUAUUCCUUGCCUCCUAUGUUUAGUGCUUUGCUGUGGUAAUGCUAGUCUUUAUAUGCCCGAUAGUGU